AUGCAUCCAUUAUCGUUGGCGAGUUGGGUCGUAUUUCUCAUUUUUGGUACGAAUUCCUUCUCGACUCAUCACGAGGUCCACGCACGCCAAACUGACAAACUCGCAGCUUCCAUAACCCAUGCGAAGAAUAUCACGCUUCAAGGCUGGACUGCUCCCGAGACAGACUCGAAUGGACAGCCCUCCCUCGACAACCGCCCAACAAUUUUAGGAAUCGAGCCAAUUUCUAUAGACGGUUCGGGCGCGACACACUACGUUGUUUCUCAAGUAUGGACCAGCCCUUCGGCUGAGCCCUCGACACACACCUUCACCUUCCUCGCCGACGCGACUCGCCGGCAAUUCUUUUUGACGCAGCUUCCAGCAACGACUGGCGGCCCCACGAAGGUCCACGAUCUUGAAUGUAUAAACGACGAAGACGGAAGCAUCUCGUGCAUUCGGAGAGAGGUCGAGCAUGUUUCUGGUCAGCCGGUGUCUACGAGCGUUCUCACUACUCAACCCGGGAGAACGGAACCAUGGUACACUGUCACCAACGUGGAAGAGUACAAUCUCCCAACACCAACUGGAGAGCGGCCGACCACUUUCGCGGAUUCUGGGGCGCGGUCUGGGAUUAUUGGGGUUGGAUUAACUAUACUUGCAGUGGUGCCAGGAAUCAUUGCGGGCCUGGCCCUUCUUUGA